AAAGAUCCUUAAAGUGUACUCCAAUGCAUCAGAUGACUGUUCCUGUGAUUAUGAGCACAAUUUGUAGGUCAUUAUCGAACAAGAUUAAUUACUUGUAUGCCCUAUUGUGUUCAAAUAUUUGUCGUAAUACGAGUGUAAUAACGCCACAAGAAACUUGGUUGCACGAUUCAUAUGAUGACAAUUUAAUCUUACUGAAUGGUUUCAAUAUAUGUACAGACAAGACCGAAGAAGUUCAAGGAAGAAGCGAGGUGGUGGUGUUGCUACUUUUAUCAAUUCUCAGUGGUCUGUUGCCAACAACGUCUGUUUUAAAUUCUCAAAGGAUAAUAUUAACUGUAUAACUGUCAAAUGUGGACCUAAACACCUAUCUAAGUACGAAUUCAUUUACAUCACAAACAUUUAUGUCACACCUUGUUGUAGCACUUCAGAACUGUCUAUGUUUGCUGGUGAAUUCACUAUUUUCGCUGCCUUCUCUUUUGGAAACUCAGUGGCCAUAGUUACAGGCGAUUUU